AUGGCGGCGACUCUAAACAGUGGAGAACGCUGGACAGAAGCAUAUAUUGAUGCAAUUAGGAGAAACAAAUAUUCAGAAGACAUACCUGAGAGUCAUGACCCCUGUGGUUGCUGUAACUGCAUGAAGGCACAGAAAGAGAAGAAGUCUGAGAAUGAGCGGAAUCAGAGUCGGCCGGGUGAGGGCAGUGCCACUUACACUGAAGAGCAACUGCUUGGGGUGCAAAGGAUCAAGAAAUGCAGAAAUUACUAUGAAAUUCUGGGAGUUCCAAGAAAUGCCAGUGACGAAGAGCUUAAGAAAGCUUAUCGAAAACUUGCCCUGAAAUUUCAUCCUGACAAGAACUGUGCUCCUGGUGCAACAGACGCUUUCAAAGCAAUAGGAAAUGCCUUUGCAGUCCUGAGCAAUCCCGACAAGAGACUCUCCUAUGAUGAAUAUGGAGAUGAGCAAGUGACGUUCACUGCCCCCCAUGCCAGACCAUAUCAUUAUUACAGGGAUUUUGAAGCUGACAUCUCUCCAGAAGAACUAUUCAACGUCUUCUUUGGAGGACAUUUUCCUACAGGAAAUAUUCAUAUGUUCUCAAACAUGACAGACGAUGCCCAUUAUUAUCCCCGGCGUCACAAACAUGAGAGGAUGCAGACACGGAAGGAAGAGGAAGAAGAUAAACCUCAGACCACAUAUUCUGCAUUUAUCCAGUUACUUCCAGUCCUUGUGAUAGUGAUUAUAUCAGUCAUCACUCAGCUUCUGGCUACUAAUCCCCCUUACAGCCUAUUUUACAAAUCGACCUUGGGCUACACAAUUGCUAGAGAAACCCAGAACCUGCAGGUGCCUUACUUUGUGGAUAAAAACUUUGACAAGGCCUACCGAGGAGCAUCUCUACGUGACCUGGAGAAGACGAUAGAAAAGGAUUACAUUGAUUACAUCCAGACGAGUUGUUGGAAGGAGAAACAGCAAAAGUCAGAGUUGACCAAUCUGGCAGGAUUAUACAGAGAUGAACGGCUGAGACAGAAAGCGGAGUCACUGAAACUUGAAAACUGUGACAAACUGUCCAAACUUAUUGGCCAGCGCAGAGGCGGCUGA